GGAGGACGUCCAGCCCAGUCCCCGACCCCACUAUGUGCCACCUGGAGCCGGUUCUGAAGAUGUCCCCGGUGUUCCUGCUUUUCCUGGGCCUGGCAGAAGCCUGCAUCCCUCGUGAGGUUGCAAUUGAAGAAAAAAUCAAACUGCUGAAAGGGAUCGUGGGUCUGAUGAGCAGGCUGUCCCCGGAUGGUCUCAGACACAUCAAUCCCUCCAAGAUGCUUCCCUUGGCUCCCCCACAAGGUCAGCACCAGCACCCCACAGGCUCCCCAGCCCCAAGGUCGACCCAGAACUACCCCCACCCGUUCCCCGCUUUACAACGCCUCCGUCGCCUGUUCCUCGACGUGGAGACUGCACGCCCGCACCUGGCAGAGUCUCCAUGGCUCCUGGAGGAAGCGAGACUCCAGCAGGGCAUGCGUCUUCACCAGCAGCGUCAGCCCUGUGCUGCUGGGCUCGCGGGCAUCUCCAGCUCUGCCUGCGACGAGUCGCGGUGCUUGUCAGCAUGGUCCAGAGCCCGAGGCCUCACGCCUGUUUCUCUCUUUGCUCUGCAUCUCCGCUGGAACCUGGCUGCCUUCCCGCCUCAGACAGGACCGAAGAAGAAAAUGCAGACGCAGGGGCAGACAGAGGCCGCCAGCCCUGCUGCAGGGCCAGGGGAGCAGACCCAGCCAGACCCCAAGGUCCGUGGAAGACUCACGUCUGACUGGGACUUUCCCUCCUCCUCCUGGCCCAUCUCUCAUGGACUCAACACUGUCCUGUGCCCCUGGACCACACUUGCUUCUGGACGGACAGAGAUCCUGGGCUUGCUGAGUCUACAGGUGUUGAACGAAGAAACCAGUGACUGUAAGGAAGAAGUCAAGCCCGCCAUGGCCACCGUCCUUCCCAAGAAGCUCACCCCGAAGAAGAACAACUGGAACUUCCUCAGAUGUGCCUACAUGAUGAUGACCUUCCUCUUUGUGUCCUACAACAAAGGAGACUGGUGCUACUGCCACUACUGCAACCCAGAACUGGACGCCAGAAACGACCCUUGCUGUGCUUUCUAGUGAGUCUACUCUGCCCAGCUCAACGUGCACAGGGCCCCCAUCUCCCAGAGAAGCUCCGUCCCCCGGACGGCCACCGUGGAGGGUGAUGAGCAGCUUCUGUCUGCCUCUUGGAAGGCCGUGCUAGAGGAUGGGCCCGAGCAGCUGAGAGAACCCCUGCGGGCGUCUCCAACUGUUCUCACCUCCCCAC